AUGGCCGGGCUGAUACUCCCUGGACACAACGCCAAGUUCGGAUCCUACUCCAUGAUGGACUUAAAGACCAAGAAAGUUGUUCAUUCCAAUGAAGUAAAAAAUUCUAACGCUAUGGAAAAGGAGGGGUUCCAGAGGAGUGUCCAACUUUUGCAGGCAGAGGGUUUGACACUUAGCACUUUAAUAACAGACCGUCACCCUCAGAUCCAGAAGUUGGUGAGAGAAACCAUGCCAGCAGUCUCUCACUUUUAUGAUGUGUGGCAUGUGGCUAAAGGUCUCCGAAAGAAACUGGAAGCUUUAGCGAAGGAGAAAGAUUGUGAAGCACUGAGCCCUUGGAUCAAAAGCAUCGUUAACCACCUUUACUGGUGCGCCGCGUCCACCCCUCAUGGGGAUCCGGAGCUGGUGCUAGAGAAGUGGCGCUCCGUGAUCAACCACGUUCAAAAAAACAUUCACGUGGGUCACGGAGCAAAAGGUUCAACGAAUGCCAGCAUCCCUGGAAGGAAGCGAGGCACCCAAAAGAAGUGGUUGAAAUGUGGCACCAAAGCUGCAGAGAAGCUUGGUCUAUUGUUGGAAAAGCCACGCCUAUUGAAAGACGUCAGGAAGAUCUCCCCACAGUAUCAAACGUCGGCAGUGGAAAGCUUCCAUCGGGUCAUCAUCAACUUUGCCCCCAAGAUGGUUGGUUUCUCCUACAUGGGCAUGCUCUCCAGGCUGUAUUUGUCAGCAAUGCAUUUUAAUGAAAACGGCACCCGACCUCAAGCACAUGAUGACAAUGGAGAGUUUAAGUUCAGGAUAAAAUACAAGAAAUAUAGGAGGGACAACAUGUGCUGA